AUGGAGCAUGCCGAUCUGGUGUCAGAAAUGGCACAGGUGGAGCAUCUUACAACACAGGAGAGGCUUCACCUAGCCCGCAGACGUCGCAUGCAACAGCUCAAGUUAUGGCAGCAAAGGGAAAAGGAAUGGGCGAGGAUCAAAGCAAAACGGGAGAAGAGCAACAAAAGAUGUAUAUACUUCAGCGACAGCGUCAUGCUCCUUGAGGCUGCCGCGAGGAAUGACAUCGAAGAAGUCCGACGUCUCUUAGCACGGGGUGUAACCCCAGACGCUACGAAUGAAGAUGGCCUCACGGCACUCCACCAAUGCUGUAUAGACAACAACGAAGCCAUGAUGCGUCUCCUACUCGACAACGGCGCGAACGUGAACGCGGAGGACAGCGAGAAGUGGACGCCAUUACACGCGGCGGCCACCUGUGGCAACCUCAACCUUGUUCGGAUCUUAAUACAGCGUGGUGCUAACUUAUUGGCCGUCAACGGCGAUGGAAACAUGCCGUACGAUAUAUGCGAAGAGGAGAGAACGCUGGACGCGAUCGAAAGUGAGAUGGCCGCGAGGGGGGUGACCCAGAGGCUGAUUGACGAGACGAGGGCGGCUACAGAGAUGAAAAUGCUGAUGGAUGUCGCGGAAAUGGUCAAGCACGGGAUGGAUUUGGACGAGCCGAGAGAUAAUCAAGGUGCGACUUUGCUGCACAUAGCGUCCGCAAACGGCUACAUCAAAGUGGUGGAGUUUCUCCUAGAACAUCGAGCCUCCACCGACGUUGUGGACCAUGACAUGUGGCAGCCGGUGCACGCGGCGGCCUGUUGGGGACAUUUAGAAGUAUUAGAACUAUUAGUACAAUAUGGAGCUGAUCUCAAUGUAAGAAAUAAGCACGACGAAACACCUGCAGAUAUAUGCGAGGAGGGCGAGAUGCGUGGGCGUAUAGCGCGCCUGGCGGCGGAACAAGAGGAGGUGCGGCGGCGCGCGGCCAGCGGCGCCGGCGACCGCCUGCGCACUGCGCGCCGCUCCUCCUCUACUGCCUCAACCAGCAGGGUGCGGUCGGUGCGGCGCACGUCGCUGCGCGAGAAGCAGCUCGCGGCGAAGGCGGACGCGCGGGGCGAGGCGAGGUUGCGGGAGACGUUCGAUUCCGCUGUCGAUGAUGAGUAUCAGGGUUUGGCGAACGGCGUUGACAACGAUCCGAACGCAAGUCUCUCAGCCGACAUAUCCAACACCCGACUCUCCAUAAGUUCAACAACUUCCAACCAGAGCUACGACUCUGAAAACGUAGACUACGCCGUGCCCAAACAACCCUACCCGCGUACACACCGCACGAACGACAUCGACGCGAACGAUACGCCGUACGGCCAGCCGAAGAUAACGAACCCGCUGUUCGGUGUGAACGCGGCCUCGCAUUACUCGCCGGCGCCGAUACAGACAAUACAAGAGAACGACGGUAAACAUUACGAGCGAACUUUGCCCAACGGUGUGCGGAAGGCGCCGGAAGGUCAAGACAAUGAGGCGUUCAAGAACGAAGACCAGCUCGAUGGUAGGAAAGAGGUGGUAAUACCAAGCCAGAUUGCGAUCGCCGACGGCAGUACGGCGACGUACACAACAGACAAUAAUGGUAAAAUCAAUGUUCAUGUCACCGUCAUGAUUAACGCAGGAACGCUAGCGGACUUGAAGAAACAACGCGCUCAAAUCAGAACAAACGGCAGUCCAAUAGAGUCCUGUAUGAAUUCCAAUAACCACAGCUUGAGUUCAAUACCAGAGUCGAAGCAGGAACAAAACUCAGUACUCACGCCCAGUACAGGCGCAGUGCCUAGGUUUUCAGGGCAUACGAGCGAUGUCGUCGGCGAUACUAAGUCGCAUCGGUGCUGUGUUAUAAUGUAAUUAAAAAAUAUAUAAAACUUCCAAUUUCAAACAGGUGGCGCUAAUGCCAAACGCUCUGUGCACUGCGGUCUAUGGUUUUUAUUAUCUGUUAAAAAAUAUUGUAUGCAACGUGGCGUUAAGAUAUACAUUUAUUAUUACCUUUUUAUUCUGUGACCACAGUCUAUGGCAGCUUCUAUAUAUAAAAAUCUUAUCCAUCUUGACGGAUAUUAUUUAAUGAGCCUUUUAUAGUCCGUGACCUAUGGCAGCUUUUAUAAUCUGUUAAAAAUAUUAGAUAUAAUGCGCUUUUUAUAGUCUGUGGUUCAUGGCAGCUAAUAAUAUUAAUCGAUGUAUUAUAAAAAUGCAUGUUAAUUGUUGUUUGUUGAAUUCAUUGACACUGCAAAGAGUGGACAUUUUAAACCAAACAUGCUACCGUCGAUUUGAUGAAUAACUUUGUAUUCGUAAUUCUAUGUUUAAAAUAAUGAUUCUAUAAAUGGUUCUAUAUUUCUUUGUACAUUAUAUACUAAAUAGCUACAUUUUAUCUGCAUAUAUACAAUUCUUUUUUUUAUGGAACAAGGCCUAUACUUAGAUUUUCAUAUAUUUUUUGUAUACUCUUUCAGUUUAAUAAUGUUCAAAGAUGGGUACAAAGUUAUAUCUGUCGAAUCGCGUACUGAUGAAAGCCUCGUAUUCAGGAUAAAUAUUUGUUGGUUUGUAAUGUUGCUGGAAAGUUUGGUUCAAUGAUAACUCGCCUCGGGCGAGUAUAUUUCAACAUGCUCUAUCAUCCCUGCAACACGCUGUGUUGCUAGCAACAUGUUGCUCCAAAAAA